AUGGGGAAGAGAAGGCAUUUCCUAUUGUUUAGCAGCUUUGCUCUGGCAUUUCUGAUCAUUCAUGCACAGGAUCAAUCAGGGUUCAUUAGCUUAGAUUGUGGGUUGCCAGAACGUUCAAGCUACAAUGAAAGCACCACAGGCAUAAAUUAUACUUCAGAUGCACCAUACAUCCAAACUGGCAUCAGCAAUAGGCUACCUGAAUUCAAUUCAGGCAUGCAGCAACAGGUUCUAGAGUAUCUCAGAAGUUUCCCUGAAGGAGACCGAAACUGUUACAUGAUAAACCUCACAAAGGGUGAAAAGUAUUUAAUCAGAACAGGUUUCAUGUAUGGAAACUAUGAUGCAAAAAAUGAAGCACCGGAAUUUGAUCUAUACUUAGGACCUAAUUUGUGGGCUACAAUGGUAUUUCAAAAUGCAUCUACUGCUAUAUUCAAGGAAAUCAUUCAAGUUCUUCAAUCAAAUUAUUUGCAUGUCUGUCUUGUCAACACUGGGAAAGGGAUACCUUUCAUAUCAGCAUUAGAGUUAAGGCUUUUGAAAAACAUAACCUACAACACUCAGUCUGCAACAGAAGCACUGGAAUUUUUCUUAAGGGAUGAUUUUGGUUCAACAUCUAAUUCAACGUUCAGGUUUCCGCAAGAUGUUUACGAUCGUAUCUGGCAGCCUUACCAAAGAAAUGAUUUGGGACAAAUAAGCACCUCUUCUCCCAUUUCAAGUAACAGCGAUUACCAACCACCAUUGCUUGCCAUGAGGACUGCUAGCAUACCAGCAAACGCAAGUCAACCCUUGAAUUUUUCCGUCCAAGAUUCUGAUUCCAAUUCCCAAUUUUAUUUGUACGUGCACGUGGCAGAAAUUGAAGAGCUCCAAGCUAACCAGUCCAGAGAGUUCAUCAUCUAUCUUAAUGACAAGCUUUGGUUCCAAGCUUACAGUCCUACAUAUUUGCGGGCAGACACCAUACAAAGCCUAUCAGCAAUAAAAGGAGGUCAGUUUUCAAUGGUAAGAACCAGAGGUUCAAGCCUUCCACCCAUCAUUAAUGCCCUUGAGGCUUAUCGUGUAAAGGAACUCAUACAGUCACAAACAGUUGAAAAAGAUGUUAAUGCGAUCGUGAAUAUAAAAUCAAUGUACGGAUUGAAGAGAAACUGGCAAGGUGAUCCUUGUGCUCCACAAAAAUACUCAUGGGAAGGUCUUAAUUGCAGUUAUGAGGAUUCCAAUCCACCCAGGAUCAUAUCUUUGAAUUUAUCCUCCAGCCGUUUGAGUGGAGAGAUACCUCCAAAUAUCGUUAAUCUCACUCAAUUGCUAUAUCUGGACUUAUCAAACAAUAAUUUGACUGGACCAGUGCCUGAGUUUCUAACUCAACUGCAAUCUCUGACUCUGUUAAACUUGGAAGGAAACGCACUUAAUGGUUCAGUUCCCAAAGGACUCAUUGACAGGUCAAACAAGGGUUUGCUACAAUUGAAUGUGGAAGGAAAUCAAAUUCCUUGUACAUGGGAAUCAUGCUCAAAGAAGAAGAAGAACAGUGCAGUGGUUCCAAUAGUAGCAUCAGUUGCUUCAGUGCUUUCUUUCCUCAUAAUUGCUUCGGCUUUCCUAUGGUGGUUUAAAAGGGCGAAACCAUCAGGCAAAAUGGAUUUGGGCUCUAGAAAACCAUACCAGCAGAAGGAGUUAAAGAAUCGACAAUUUACAUUCUCAGAUGUCCAAAAGAUGACAAAUAAUUUUGAGAGAGUUAUUGGCAAAGGAGGAUUUGGAACAGUUUUCCACGGUUGCUUAGGUGACACUCAAGUAGCAGUCAAGAUGCUAUCAAAAUCAUCUAUUCAAGGGUAUAAGCAGUUUGAAGCUGAGGUGGAGCUUCUUUUGAGAGUACAUCAUAGAAAUUUGACUUCGCUUAUUGGAUAUUGCGAUGAUGGCACUAACUUGGGGCUAAUCUAUGAGUUCAUGGCCAAAGGGAACUUAGCAGAGUAUCUCUCAGAUAGCAGUAGCAGUGUCUUGAAUUGGGAAGGAAGACUUGGAAUAGCGCUAGAGGCAGCACAAGGACUUGAGUAUUUACACCAUGGUUGCAAACCACCCAUAAUUCACAGAGAUGUAAAGUCUACCAACAUCUUAUUAACUGAAAACUUGCAAGCUAAACUAUCUGAUUUCGGGCUAUCAAAAACAUUUCCAAUCGAAGGUGGCUCUCAUGUCUCCACUGUCGUUGCUGGUACCCCUGGAUACCUUGACCCUGAAUAUUCUACAUCAAACAGGUUGACUGAGAAAAGUGACGUUUAUAGCUUUGGGGUAGUUCUUUUGGAAAUCAUUACAAACCGGCCUGUGAUUACAAGAACCAUAAAUGAGCCUACUCACAUAAGUCAUUGGGUUGGUUCCAUGUUGUCCAACGGGGACAUUGAAAACAUUGUCGAUUCGAGGUUGCAAGGAAAUUUUGAAAUAAAUUCUGUAUGGAAAGCAAUAGAAGUGGCAAUGGCUUGCUUAUCUCCUGCCUCCACGAAAAGGCCAACUAUGAAUUAUGUGGUGACGGAAUUAAGCGACUGUUUGUUAGCCGAGGUAAAGAGGACUAGAGGAUUAGACGAAGAUGAAUCACAAGAAUCAGUUGGCAUGAUAGCCAUGGAUCUUGGUUCUGAAAUAACUCCUCUGGCAAGGUGA